AUGAAUAGAUCAAGACUCAAAUAGCAAGACGCUUACCUUCACAGCACAAGCAAGGAUUUGAGAACCCCUCUUUUUGAAUCUAGAGACAAAUUGGAUCAUAAAUUACAGUUCAAAGACAAAAAGUAUAGCGAAUAAUUAAACAGAAAUUAUGAUAGCAUUAAAGGCUAAGACGAACCAAAACUAAACGGAUCCAGAAAGUCCUCAAAGUCCGAAAAGACUCUUUAAAGUAAAAGCCUAGAUCUCUAUGUUACACAAGGAGUUGAUGGGCAGCUGACAUUUAACGAAAAAAUUAGCAAAUAUUUCAAAAUAAUGAUAGUUCUGAUAAUAUUUGCAGUUAUUUUCUUGACAUUUUACAGAUAUGAUGAAUUCAUUCAGAUUUUACUGACUUUAUUUUAAAGAGUUGCUGUUGAUCCCCUAACCUCAUUCUACUACAUUUGGGCAAUUUACUUUUUCUCAAUUAUAUUCCUACUUCCAACUGUUUAUCUUACUGUAGGAGUUGGUUGGGCUUACUCAAGAACUUAUCCAAAUAUCAUCUCUUUUAUUCUCAGCAGAUACAUAUUUAGACAAUGGUUUACUAACUUUAUAUCCAAAAGAUAUCCAAACUAUAUCCAAUACAAUUAUGCUAUCUAGAAAGAGGGAUGGAGAUUUGUUUUCUUUAUGCAGUUCUCUUUGAUCCCAUACUCACUUCUGUGCUAUUUAUUCGGACUUACCAAUGUCUCUCUGAUUUAAUUUGCUGUUGGAGCCUUAGGAAUGAGUAUUCCUAAUCUGUUUUGGGCUUAUGUUGGUUCUAUUAUGUAAAAUAUUAUGGAAAUAGCCGAUGAUGAAAGCAAAAGUGGAGAGAUAGAGAAGUUGAUAUUUAUGUCCAUUGGAUUCUUAAUUGCUAUAUAUGGAAUAUACAAAGUAUCUUAGAGGGCGAAAGAGCAUGUUAGGAUGUAAAUGGCUGAAUCUGAUUAAUAGAAAGUUAUUGAUUAGUAAAUUAACGGAGAUAAUGAGUAUCAAGUUCCCUAACCAAGUGCAAUAGAUACUUAGGAUCUAAAAACAUCUAAUGCUUAUAAUUAGUUUUGA